CCCGCCCCCCACUCCAAGUAUUAAUUUACAUUUCUAAGGGUCCUGUCUACAACUGAACUGUUUCCAAGAGAGAAAAACCAGAUUUAACAGACACACCUUCGUAACAGGAGAGAUGAACUGAUGUCUUUCCUCCUCCUGAGGUUCAUCUGAAGUCACUUGCCAGAGAGAAGUAUCGCUCAGGACUGAUUUGAGGUCUGGACCAGACAAUCAUACCAGAGGGACUGUCCCGUGCGCGGAGCAUUAUGGCAGAGCCAGACUAUAUGGACGGUGAUGGCGAGGAACUCAUUAAGCCCAAGAAGCUCCUCAACCCGGUGAAGACCUCCAGAAAUCACCAGGACCUACACAGAGAGCUCCUCAUGAACCAGAAAAGGGGCCUUGCGCCACAGAAUAAACCAGAACUCCAGAAAGUGAUGGAGAAGAGGAAGAGAGACCAGGUGCUGAAGGCUCAGAAAGAGGAGCAGGAGGCUCACAAGAAAAGGUCCGACCUUGAGAUCGAGCUCAUGAAGAGACGGGAAACUCUUGAACAGUUGGAAUUGGAGCAACAUAAGGAUGACGAGGAGCAAGAAAACACCCCAGAGUUCGUCAAAAUGAAAAGCAAUCUGAGAAGAACCAAACAGGAAGUAGAUGGGCAGGAGCGUGCCACCUAGAAACAGUUUCCAUGGCACAAUUGUUGGGAAAUGGACUGGGGUUUGUGGGAAUUUCCUGAUGUUCCUCCCCCAUGUGUCCCUGUGAAACAAGUGACUGAAGACGAACGGUUCCUGUUGCCUGCUCGCAGACGCAACCAGUAUUCACGCAGCCUCUUUUCCUGAACAACGAUCACAAAUAAAGAGGAUUGAAGAAUAAAUGACACGCAUACACACAAACUCUUGCACAUGGGCGCAGGCUCUUUGCCACUGGUUGACUGGCUUCAAAGAACAUGCAUGGCGGAACAAACAGAGACCACAUUUUUUUGUUUUUUGGAAAGGGGGCACAUAUUAUUUUACUAUUUUACUUUAAAAACCUGAAAUGGGACACUGGAUGGACUCUUUUAAGCCAAAACAAUCCUCUUUUAUUUAUGUUCAGUGUAAGCUUUUGUUCGAAAGGGCUUCUUGAGACAUUUUCCUCUUGGUUGAUGUUUAAAGGAAACUAAAUAUAAAGUUCCAGCAAUUCAAGUUGUGAUGCAUCAUGCUUGCCUUUUAUGAAUUGUAAUGUUUGUGCGAUCCCUCUGCUAAAUUUCAUAAGCAAUACUAGUUCUAGUUUUGUGAGAUUUCUUUGCAAAUAUUUUUGUUACAACUUUUUUUAAUGAAUACAUUACUAAUAAGUUGAUACACUUUAGUUCAAUGUGAUAUUAAAUGCAAGUGCAUCUGUUUUCUUUCACUUGAGUGGUAGUUGUUCAUUCAAAAAGUUGAAGGAGAACAUGAAAUGUUUAUUAAUGAAGAAAGACACAUGGUUUUGUGUAGAUUUGAGCCAGUAAAUAACCACUCCUUAUGUUCCCUUAAAACCUUCUUUUAAUAAAUAUUAUUUUAUCAUGUUGAA